AUUUGAGAAAAUUGCAACUUGAAAGAGGAAAUAAGAUUGAUCAACUUGUGAUAAUAAAUGGUAGUGGGCACGAGGAAAACCACCUUGAAAGCAUCAUCGAAUACAUUAACCAAUUCAACAAGGAGAACAUCAUUAAAUACACCUACUAAAGCUCCAGACCUAGACGAAACAAUGAUGGAUGAAAUCAGAAAGAUGCUCCAAGAAACAAAUAUGGAAAUACAAAAAUCUAAAGAUGAACUGAAAGCAGAAUUUAAGAAGGAUUUGAGAAUUGAACUGGGAGAAGUAACUACAAGGCUAGACAAGAUUGAUGAUGAUUUGAAAAAGGUCAGUGGCAAAGUGGAAAAACUAGAAAUUGAUAUGAAGAAGAUGGAAACUAAAGUGGACACAUUAUAUAAAGAUCAACAAGAGGGACAAGAAUCGAUUUUAAAACUACAAUUGAAACAGAGAGAAAAUUGCCUGAAGCUGAGAGGUCUGCCGGAGAAUGUAAAUGAAAACUUGUAUACCCUUCUCUCACCAAUUUUGGCUAAAUUCAUUGGAGAAUCCGAAACUCUCUUUCCCUGGGAAAUUGAUCGGAUCUAUAGGAUUAAUUCUCGAAUUGCGAAGACCAGGAGGCUUCCGAGGGAUAUUGUGAUCUACUUUGUCCGUAAACAAACCAAAGAAAUAAUCUUGAGACAAAGCUUCAAUAACAAACUGUUAAUUGAGGGCAAAGAGAUCACAAUCCUAAGGGACAUCCCUGGAAAAAUUUUAAAGAGAAGAAAGGAGUACAAUUUCUUGAUUGAACAACUGAAGGCUAGAAAGAUUCUGUAUAAAUGGGAUGAUUUGGAUGGGGUCAUUGUAACCUGGAAACAAAGGAGAGUGAGAUUGAACUCUGUGGAACAGGCCAGAUCGUUCUUGACCGAGCUAGGUAAGGAACCAGAAAAAGGAAACAAGAAAGACAAAGAAAAAGGUGGUGAAGAGGAAGCGGAGGAGGAAGAGAAAGAGGAGGAGUCAACUGAAGAACGAGUAAAGAAGUAAGAGAAGAUUUUGAGAAAAGUAAUAAGUAGAGAAAGGCAUUUAAUAAUUGGAUCCUUACUUCUGACUCUUUUAGAUUUAUACAAUCCAUUGACGGAUAAAUAGACAUAGUUGUCCUGUUCUUUCUUCCUUUCCCUCCUUCUUUUUACAAUCCACUCUUGACUCAACCCCAAUCUUAAGUAUAGAUUGAUUAAUUCAUUGAUACUACAAAUA